AUGCCUCCCCGACUCCCACGCCUCCCAGUCACCCUCGCGGGACAAUCUCUCUAUCGCCCCAUCUCCAUCCGCGUCACCGUCUCCAGAUAUAGCUACAGCACCGCCAGCGACGACGCCGUCAUCCAGACCGAGCAAGUACCCGCCCCCGGAUCCGGCAGCAUUCGCGUGCUACUCCUUAACAGACCCAAAGCCCGCAAUGCCCUGUCGCGGAAUCUCCUCGACAACCUCGCGAAGCAGGUGCACUCCAUCGCCGCGGAGAACGGCACUGGCCCAACACGGGCGCUGAUCAUCGCCAGCAACGCAGACGCGGCGUUCUGCGCAGGCGCAGACCUGAAGGAGCGAGCCAAGAUGACCAAGGAGGAGACGAACGCAUUCCUCACCAAACUCCGCGGCACAUUCCACGACCUCGCCGCGCUGCAAAUCCCCACCAUCUCCGCCAUCUCCUCCAUGGCGCUCGGCGGCGGCCUCGAGCUCGCCCUUUGCACCCACCUGCGCGUCUUCGCCUCCUCCGCCAUCGUCGGCCUCCCCGAGACCCGCCUCGCCAUCAUCCCCGGCGCAGGCGGCACCUACCGCCUCCCUGCGCUGAUCGGGCCCAACCGCGCGCGCGACAUGAUCCUGACGGGCCGCCGGGUGUCCGGGCCCGAGGCGUACUUCCUCGGUCUCUGUGAUCGGCUGGUCGAGGUGCUGCCGGAGGAGGAAGGGGAGGCGGGUGCCGCGAGGGAGAAGGUGCUGCGCGAGAGUAUCAAGCUGGCGCUGGAUAUCUGUGAGGGCGGGCCGAUUGCGAUCAAGCAGGCGAUCCAGGCGGUUGCGGGGUACCAGCGCGGCGAGGUCGCGGAGAAUGAGGCAUAUAAUGGGGUAAUUGAGACGGAGGAUCGGUAUGAGGCGCUCAGGGCGUUUGCGGAGAAGAGGAUGCCGGCUUUUCGGGGGAGGUGA